UGAGACCUCCACUACCACUCCCACCACCACCACCGCCCUCAGCCUCCUCCUCCUCCUCCCCCUCCCUGUUCCUACUUCGCACGGCUCCCGCACAUAGGCGCGCCUCUCGCGACCUAUAAAUCCGCGCAAUUGCCAAGGCAACUACUACUGCUAACCGCCUCGCCUCGAGCAGUCUCGUCAUCCUAGCUAGCUAGCUAGAUCCCCCGACAGCGAGCGCGCACGCCGUAGCACUCGCUUCUCCACCUGCUCGCGUGUAUAUAAGCACGCCUAGUGAUCCGAGAUUCACCAUUCCGCUCCGUGUGCAAUCUUGUUUCUAGUUGCGCAAAGCUCAGAUUGAUUGGUCGCAGUAAUGGGGUUCACCGCUAGGACCGCCAUUGCUCUGCUUCUCGCGCUUGCUGUCGCCUCGAGCUUCCUCUGCGACGGUGUCCACGGCCGCCACCAUCACACCAAGCACACAAGGCACAACCCCUCGCAUCCGCCGUCCCACGCUCCGGGCCCGGAGAGCCCGAGUCGGGCGCCUCCGCACGCACGGCCCUCUCCCCCGGCCCCGCCGCCGUCGACCUACCCGACGCCUGGCGCGCCGGCUCCCGCGCCCGCGGGCGGAGUCGCCGUGUACGACGUGGUCAAGGACUUCGGCGCCGUCGGAGACGGCGUCACGGACGACACCGACCCGAUCAAGACCGCGUGGGACACCGCGUGCCAGGACGACGGGCCGGGCGUCGUGCUCGCCGCCGCCGGGUACUCGUUCCUGGUGCACACCACCGUCUUCACCGGCCCGUGCCAGGGCAGCGUCACGAUCCAGCUGGACGGGACGAUCGUCGCGCCGAGCGAUCCCAAUACGUGGCCGGCGAACAGCAAGCGCAACUGGCUCGUGUUCUACCAGGCCCACGGCGUGUCGCUGCGCGGUGCCGGGCUCAUCGACGGCAAGGGCCAGAAGUGGUGGGAUCUCCCCUGCAAGCCUCACAGGGGCGGAGCAAGCACCCACGGAUCCUGUGACAGCCCAGUGGCGCUGAGGUUUUUCAUGAGCAACAACGUGACGGUGCAAGGUCUGAAGGUGCAGAACAGCCCCGAGUUCCACUUCCGGUUCGACAGCUGCCGCGGCGUGCUCGUGAGCGGCCUGUCCAUCAGCUCCCCGGCGCUGAGCCCCAACACCGACGGCAUCCACGUCGAGAACACCCAGGACGUCCUCAUCACCAACUCCGUCGUCUCCAACGGCGACGACUGCGUCUCCAUUGGCGCCGGCACCCUCAACGUCCACAUUGAGAACGUCACCUGCGGGCCCGGCCACGGCAUCAGCAUCGGGAGCCUGGGGAAGCCGGGGUCGUCGCUGGCGUGCGUCGCCAACGUGACGGUACGGAACGCGGUGAUCCGGCACUCGGACAACGGCGUGAGGAUCAAGACGUGGCAGGGCGGGUCCGGGUCCGUGUCGUCCGUGUCGUUCGAGAACGUGCGCAUGGACGCCGUGCGCAACCCCAUUAUCAUCGACCAGUACUACUGUCUCUCCCACAGCUGCGAGAACGCUACCACGGCCGUAUUCGUCUCCGGCGUGUCGUACGCGGGCAUCCGGGGGACCUACGACGUGCGCAGCCCGCCCAUCCACUUCGGGUGCAGCGACGCCGUGCCGUGCACCAACAUCACGCUCUCCGACGUUGAGCUGCUGCCGGCCUCCGGCGGCACGGUCGACGACCCCUUCUGCUGGAACGUCUACGGCAACGUCUCCACGCCCACCGUGCCGCCCGUGCCGUGCCUGAUCCAAGGUGUGCCCAGGAACUUCAAGGAUGACAGCAGCUUGAAAUGCUACUCAUGAUUGACCCUGCUGCAUGCAACUCCAUCGGU